GUGCCUGUGGUUGCCUCGUCCCUGUCAAUACUGUAUUCAUUCUGUCUCAGAGAAGCAAAAUGGUCACAGUACAAAAGGAUUACUGGUACUCCUUGGUACUCAUGAUGUCGCUCUAUUUUCUUAAAGGUUCCAAUCAGAUGAAAGCCCCAGAAUCAUCAGUCAUCCUGCAGGAGGGAAUGGUUUUGCACUGCUUGUGCCCAUGGAAUGGCCAUCUCACUAUGGUCUCUUGGACUAAAAAAUCUCUUUCACAACCUGUAGCAGUGUAUCAUCCUCAGUAUGGCUCCAACUUUGCCCCAUCUUAUGAUGGUAGAGUGGAUUUUCUCAAAACCACUCCAAUGGAUGGCAGCAUUUCCAUAAUGAACGUCACUGAGGGGGACAUCGGCCACUACCAAUGCUCUCUGCAGACCUAUCCUCAGGGUUCCUGGACCAAAGACAUACUCGUCGAAAUAAAAGCAAUCACCACCACCAUCACUAUUAAACCUGACACAGAGUUGGUGGCCACAGAGAAUGACAACAUGACCAUUAGAUGUGACCACAUCCACAAUGAUGAGGUUUACCAUGUAAGCAUAGAAAAGAUGGGGGCAGAGGAGGGCAGUAGCAACAUUAUAGCAACAUGCCAGAUGCUGGACAGUGGUGUGGAGCUGAGAAAUUUCACCAGUAGAGGCACACUGAACUGCAGUGAAGCUAUGGAGGUCAGUCUACACCUCACCAACAUCAUCGAAGAGGAUGGAGGACUCUACCGUUGCAACUUCAGCACAGAUUCUGGUGUCCAGACCACCACAGUCCUACUGACCACGUUAUCUUUCCAAGAGUAUAGGAGCCUUCGGUACAUGCUGUAUGUAUAUAUUGGAGGAGGGGUGGUUGGUGGCGCUCUUCUGAUGAGCCUGAUUUUAUUGCUGACGUGGGUGAACAGGAAGAAAAGGAGGAGAGAGGAAUAUAAAAUCAAAUUGCAACCUGGUAAAAGACAGCGUAACCACUAUGAUCAUGGCUAUGUCUAUGACAGGAUGAAUAAAGGGACCAGAACUGGGGCAAGAGAUAAAGAAAUAUAUGCUAACUUUCAGAUAAUAAAAGCUCAUGAAAAACAAAAUCAGAAACAAAAACAAAAGAGAUGAUUGCUCAACAUUCAAUUAAAGAAAAGAAUAACCUAAACUUAAUGCCAAAGACUAAUGGAUACAUCAGAGGGGAAAAGGAGAACUUCAUUACAAUGCAGAAGACUGAUGGACCCAUCCAUAUCAUUUAUCAUUUGAUGAACCACUACCUCCACCAUCAUCAGCAGCAGCAGCAGCAUUGCAUUAACAAUUCAAGCCUGGCACAUAACCCACAUGGCACUUCAUUGCAUAAUGGUGCUGGAUGUUGGCUGCUCAUGACUGUAUUAGGGGGAAAACCAAAUAAUUUCCUCUCUGCUCCUCAAUAAAGUCUGUUUGACAUGUAAUCAGUUUAAGAAGAUUUCUGGACGAUUGCUUAAAAACCAGAUCCAAGCGAAAGUCCACUCUGAGCAAACUCCAAAGCAACACUUUAAUUUGAGUGACUCUACUUAUCAAACGAUCAGACCAAAGAGGACUUUGAGUAGAUAAACAUGCUAAAAAUCAAAUCCUUGUCUUGUGUCUCAGUUUGAGGCCAAAUCAUGUUUCUCUUUCUCUACAGAAAUGGACAUACAGAGAAUGAGUACCAGAGGCUCUGUUACUGAUGAGAACUGUCAAUGCUCAUCUUACAGUGUUCUUGAUGGAAUAUGUUUUGUCUGUUUGUCAUGAUCUGCUUUAUUUGUGAUCUCAAGAAGAGUAAUAAUGACUUUAAAUUAUUAGGAGUGUUCAAAAUUCAGAGAGCUUCUAUGAUCUUUGAGCAGAGAGCACUUAACAUUUAGAGAAAUAAAAUGAAUCACGU